AUGAUGUUUUUGAACGUCAAAUCCGUUUUUAUUAUUUUAUUUCUAAUAUCUUUAACGCAUACUUUUUGUGGAGUGGAUACUAUUGCUAUACCCAAUAGUGAAGGACUGAUAAGGCGUGAUGAUGCCAGUUCAGCUAUUCAAAAAAUUUGUGGAGGAUUUAGUUUUGUAUAUCCACCGGCAAACGGCUCUUCCACCACAGACCCAAUCACCAUAAAAAACGGUACUACCACUACAUGUAAAUGGUCGAUACAAUCUGGAUCGCAAGUCGAUUCUGUCACGGAUUUUGAACUUUUCAUGGAUAGCGGACCUCAUAAAGGAUUGGUGGCUGUUUUGUGGAAUGGUGGUGCUAAAAUGACACAAAAUUCCGCAAGCGCGGAUGUUCUGAUAUACUGUCCUUCGGUUGUAACGCUUCCUGCUACCUUCUUGGCUAGAAGUUUUGCGAAUACAACUUCUGGACCUUCGUGUACUGCCUACAC